AUGCUGAUAGCUUUUCCGGGGAAUGGCGGCCAAUCAGUCGAGCACGACAGACGCUGCGCCUCACUACCCCCGAUACCGUCGUCUGGGGGCGUGCAAAGUGAGCUGUGCUGGCUUUUACAGUACAAGAGACGCAUUGAGUGCAUGGAAACACAGACGGCUCGGUGGAGCGAGCAGUCUCAACAAAGAAAGAGAGAAAAAAGAAAAAAUGAAAAAACUACUGCAACUGCUACCUUCACCGUUCCUCCACCGCCAGCUCACAGCUUCCCAACUGGCAACUUGCUCGCAAUCGUGUGCCGAGAGGGGGUGGCUGCAGCGGGCCUCGACGCUAGCAUCGCAUCUGGCAAGGCAGCUUGGGCAAGUACCAGCUCGGCGGAGGUACUUUGCGCCCCAGCGCCAGCAACAGCGAGCAUCUCCCGUGGGCCGAACAGAGUCUGGCUGGCUGGCCUGGGGCCAAGCCGACUUAGUGCUACAGGUACGGGGUACGAGUCACACAUUGCCCAUCUCGCCAUUGCCGGUGGUACACGCUACCUGGGCCGUGCAUCGCGCGCUAUCUCCACGCCGCACCCCCUCGCCCCGUACCACACCCCCUCCUUCUCGCCUUCCCCCCUGCCGCUCGCUCCUGCCCAUUCGCCCCAGCUGGGGCUCCCACUGAGCGAAAACAAGGGCUGGGGCUCGAAUGCUGGGGCCGGAGGUACAACCAUCUGGGAGCCGCCAAGUACCCCGUGCCCCUUUCCCAGCCCUGGCUACGUGUCCCCCUCCUCGUCCUUCCAGCACCCCAUCGCGCCAUCCAGCCCGCUGGACGCUGCCAUGCAGCACUGUCACCCACCCCCCAAGGCCGCCUAA